GUCUCGUGCUCCCGUUUUCACUCGAGACCGGAUUUCUAGGCACUUGUGUUUUCAGAAAAAGUUUUUAAAAAAAAAUCUGUGUAGGAGCUCAAAGCGAUAGAAGUUCGGUGUUUGUGUAACCAGUGCCUCGCGUUCGUCAGUCUCCUCGAACUCAUCCGGCGGAGUGUCGACGGAUUCCAUUAGUUCCACGAUACCGCACAAUAUGUAUUGGACGGUUCACACGUCCGGUGGUCCUAAACUGGUCAGCAACGCAGCCGUCGCGAUUGGCACGAGCAUUUUUACGUUUGGUGGUUACUGCGUCGAUGUAGACCACACAAAAUUCAAGCCGAUCGACAUACAUAUACUAGACACUGAAAAAUUGAAAUGGUGGAAACCGGAGCUAAAUAAUCAAGACUGCUCAUGUGCACCGUUCAUGAGGUAUGGCCACACAGCAAUUAAUCUUGGAUCUAAUAUUUAUCUGUGGGGCGGAUUUAAUGGUAAUAGAGCUUGUAACACUCUGUACUGUUUUAACACAGAAACUCUAAAAUGGACAACACCAAGUGUGUUUGGACAUAAACCAGAGCCAAGAGAUGGCCAUUCCGCAUGUAUCAUUCAAAAUUGCAUGUACAUAUUUGGCGGAUAUGAAGAAGGCUCGGGUCUGUUCGCUUCGGAUUUGUAUAUGUUAAACUUGCACUCCAUGGAAUGGAGUAUAGUUAAGACAGAGGGACGUCCUCCAUCUAAUAGAGAUUAUCAUACUGCAACUGCUAUUGAUAAUAAAAUGUAUAUAUUUGGUGGCCGCAGUGAUUGGGCAGCUUCAAGGCAAAUCGAUACAGAUACAUAUUGUUCCUAUAUUUAUUAUUUAGAUACCUCUAGAGGAAAGUGGAUACGUCCAAACGUCUAUGGAAGUAAACCCAUAGCACGGCGUAGCCAUUCUGCAUUUGUGAAAGAUGGCUUUUUUUACAUCUUCGGUGGGUUUAACAAGAACAAGGACUUGCAUUUUCAAGACAUACAUCGAUAUGAUCCAGUGAGUUCCACCUGGAUGAAAAUAUUACCGAAGGGCACGCCACCGUGUGCUAGAAGAAGACAGAUUUGUCAAUUAGUUAAUGACAGGAUAUUUAUAGCCGGUGGUAUUAGUCCGAUAUUUCCCAAACCAGUAUCAAUUACGGAUCAGUAUGUACAAUUUAAUGCAAAUCUUAAGGAACAUGAUGACCUUCAUAUUUUAGAUCUGAGUAAAAUAUUAAAUUUUUUAUCAUUAUCCGAAUUGCAAAAAAAAACAAUAUCUUGUAUUUCUUUUUUCAUAGAGCCCAGUCUAAAAGAUAUGUGUAUGGUGAAUGUGUGGGAAAAUAUGGAAGAAAAGAAAAUUGAUAAUAUCAACGACCUACACAUUCCGUUAUCAUUAAAGCAUGAUAUGGCUGCCUUUCAUCCUUUUGAAAUAAUGGAAACCAAUAUCGACAUGAUGCAGUCUUCUGAGGAAAAUUUGAUUGUUCUUUUGUCGUAACAGUUUUAUAAGAUGACAAAUAUUUCCAUCAUAACACAGCAAAAGUUUAACAUAUAUUAGUAUCAACAGAAAAUAUUGGGGCUUCAUAAACUGUAUUAUUAUUUAUUAUAUUAUUAGAUUGUAAAUUAGAAAUGAUUUUAAUCUAGUAAAUAAUUAUUUUUAAA